UGUGACACAUGCCUAUCAGUUUUAAUAUAAUUAUACAAUUGAUUUAUAUCUAAAUAGACAGCAAAGUCCAGUGAUUAGUACAGUGAUCCAUAUACGAAGAAUAAAAUGGCAUCUGCGAGUAAAGCUUUGAACAUUAUUGUGGAAGACAGUAAACACUGUACUCCCUGUAAGACGAAGGAUAAGAAGAUAGAAUCCAAGUAUUACUGCACAGACUGUGAGGCAUACUACUGUGAAGAAUGUUUCGAGCUGCAUCCACGAGUGCCUUAUUUGGCAAAACAUAUUGUUCUGAAACAUGAUGAUAUUGCAGUCUGGUCAAAUCUUCAAUACAAAUGUACUACACAUGACAAGAAUCUGGAAUUCUUCUGUGGGAUGCAUAAGGUGUUGUGUUGUCAUGUAUGUGUGUCGUUAGAGCACAGGUCAUGCGCCGACAUGGAAUACAUUUUAGAAUCAGCGAAGAACAUUUGUAAAAGUGAUGAAAUAAAAACGAUGAUUCAGGGUACACAAGAAAAAUUGGACAAGAUAGAGUCAUACGCUAAUAAAAUUAAACAAAAAACCGAAGUUAAUGAACAAUCAAAGGAAGAAUACAUAAAGGAAUUGGAGGAGUAUAGAACUAAACUGAACAAAAUGUUUGACGAUUUAAUGAAAAAUGCAUUAGUAGAGAUGAAUGAAAGAGUCGAUAGAAAUGCAAAAUACUCCGAGGAAAUGACACAAGAACUGAAAAACUUUGAACAAGAGCUACAGGAGCUUAAGCACCAGCUAACAACAGCGACUGCCGGAAAGGAAGUUCUUAUCUACAUCAGUCUGAAAAGAGGAGAAAAUAUUAUCGAGGAAAUUACAAGGAAGUUAUCUGAAAUCGAUAUUACUACUGACAAGGACAACUUCAAACCCGUUCUGGAUAAUACAAUUCAAGAGUACAUCGGCAAUAUAAAGCAAAUAGUGUACCUGGAAGAUGAACAAAUGAGAAAAGAAGCAGUAUCCAGGGAAAAAUGUCUAGUACAAUCAGCAGUUUCAAGUGAAGAAUAUCAAGAACUAACAUCCGUAUCAUAUGAAGGAGAUAAAAUGACAAAUUCAGUACAAUGUGAACAUUAUGAAGGGCAAAUGUCAUGUGAAGAAAUUUAUGACAUCGUACAAAUAAAUGUACCAUGUAAAGAUACCGUAGCCUUCGCACCAGAAAAUAGUGCUACAGAUAUAGAAGUGGAAGAAAUCGUACUGCUUACUACUGAAAAGGGACGAGAGCCUAAAUUCGUACCGAUUGGAAAACAUAAAGCGCAUGCAUCAUUAUGUAAAAAUUAUCAAUAUAAACAUAAUAAACCAAUCGCUAAUAAAUGCUUCGACACAUGCCUAGAUAAAUGGGACCUAUACAGAAAUACAGAUUGCUGUUCGAAUUGUGGUGAGCGCUUUAAAUCCAAACUCCGCUGUCAAGAAUGUGGUCAAAAGCGGAAGUAACCAUUAUUAGGAAUGGACAGUCUUGUAAGAAAACAAAAGAACCUUACAAAAUUAAGCCUGUGGAAUCUUCGCCGAUAUUGUCAAGAGCAUUGUGCCAACAUUUUUGUAAAUAACCUGACUCAAAUAAUGGUAUAAUAUAAUGUAGUGAAAAUAGUGCCAAACUGUAGAUAAUAAACAAUUGUAUCAUC